UAAUUGAUUCUUGAUAAGUAUCUAUACUGUAUCAAACCUAGAAAAAUGGAUAUUUCUGUGAUUUUACUUUCACUUAUUACAAUGUGUUUAAGUUUAUCAAGAAACUCAAAUGAUCCCCUCAUUCUAACCGGAGAAAUUAUAGAUGUUGAGAAUUAUACAAUCAUUGGACAUCACAACUACAUCAACGGAAGUAAAAACGAGAUCCACGGUUAUAAAUCAGUCAUUAAAUCAGACUUCUCAAUCAUUCGGGGAUCAAGAAACAAAAUAGACGGAAGGUGUAACACGAUUUUCGGAGAUUUUAACGUAAUACUCGGAGAACGGAACCUGGUGGCCGGAAGUAAUAAUAAGAUAUGUGGACUGGCAAAUGGUGUCACUACUCAGGGUAAAAACAACCAGUUCAUGGGUACACUUACUGUCGAUAAGGGAAUAAAUACGACAUUUGAAAUCAGCAGCAAUUGCUUGCUUCCGGCAGAAUAUCCCACACACAUAAGAAUAUGCAAAAAUCAACAGAGGACAAUGCAAGAAGCGUUAAGAAGAAGUGGGGUUCCUGGGUUGCAAAAUCUUUCUCUUCUAUCUGAAUUAAUCCUUAUAAUAUCAGUUCUUAUUAUAUAAAAAAAAUAUAAGGAGUGCUAGCAAAACA